CAAAGACAUAAUCUGGGAGAUAUUAAAUGCUUCAAUCUCGGAUCAUACUGGACAACUGUGCUAUCUUUCUUUUCCUGCUGAGCACACACAAACUAAUACAUCAACCCGCAGACACAUUAACGCCAAGAAUCUUCACAAUCUUAAGCUAAAUCUUGCAGAGGAGAAUUGGAACGCUGUCUUUAGUUCUGUUACCGUGGAUGAUGCAUACAACUCCUUUAUGCAGUUACUCCUUGAAAACAUUGACGUAACUUGUCCUCUGAAAAAGUCUAGACGUAAUCACAAACCCGAGAUGUCUGCAAAAUAUGACCACGAAGCUAGACUCCUAAAACAAGAGUUUCUAGAUGCUCAGAGAAAGUUCUUGCUCACCAACUGUAUCCAGGACAAACAAGAAGCUUCUAAACGGAAGAAGGCUUAUGAUCUUAAACUUAGAUCUCUUAGAAGAGAAAUAAGUGCAUCUAAGAUAAAUCAAGCCGUCAACAAAAGCAAAGCCAUAUGGCAGACCAUCAACUGCGAGCGAAAUAACAGAUGUGAUGUUUCCUCGAACUCAGUCAAACUGCAAAUCGAAGGAAGGGAAGUGGAGGACCCUGUCGAAGUUGCCAAUUUGUUUAAUCACUACUUUGCAACUGUGGCUGAAGAAACAAUAAGGAACAACCAAAACCAGGAAACCAAAAAGCAAGAUCGAUCGUCCAGAGUUUCUAGCACUGACAAACACAAUGUAGUCUUUCCAAUGCACAACCUCAAGCCGGUAUCCCAAACGGAGCUCUUAGAAGUGAUUAACUCCCUCAAACCUAAAUCAUCAACAGGGAUAGAUGGAAUAUCAGCUAGGAUAGUGAAAUCCUGCAGACAGGAGCUUCUGCUGCCCUUGCUUCACGUAAUUCAAUUAUCACUCACACAAGAGAGACAACAUGGUUUCGUCAAGGGAAAAUCCACAACCACGGCACUUAUUGACUUCGUAGAGUCCGUCAUUGAUGAUAUAGACAGUGGUAACAACGUUGUCGGCAUUUUUGUUGACAUGAGUAAGGCGUUUGACUGCCUGAGCCAUGACUUGAUCAUCUCAAAGCUUAGCUCCUUGGGAGUAUGUGGAACGGCUCUUGGUUGGUUUACUCAGUAUCUGAAGGGUCGAACGCAGCUAGUCGAACUCAGCCACUCCAGGAAUAGGACUAUCACCACCGUUAGAUCUGAAGUACGCCCAGUGUCCAGAGGAGUUCCACAGGGGUCCGUCCUGGGACCGGUACUUUAUAUCUUAUCGACGAACGACCUUCCAGAUACCACCGAACCCUUCAGUAAAGCUAUAAUGUAUGCGUAUGACACUGUCUUGCUUUCUUCAAACUCACCCAUCAACAACGUAGAAGUCAAUGCCUACAUUGGUUUGAGCCUAGCUGCGGAGUACUGCGACAAUCAUGACCUUGUUUUCAACGCCUCAAAAACCAAGCUAGUUUCAUUUAGCAACAGGAAAAGUUUCGUCUGCUGUAUUCCCGACAUUGACUCUGUUAGCUCUGUAAGACAUCUAGGAGUCAUCAUUGACGAACAUCUCGCUUGGGACGAACACAUUGAAGCACUCUGCCAUAAGCUAAUCACCGCAAUUUUCGCACUGAGAAGAACAAUGGCUGUGAGCACAGAAGAGGCGGCACUAACAGCAUACUAUGCCCUUCUUGAGAGUAUUCUCUGUUAUGGCAUUGUGGUGUGGGGUGGAUCGUCGGCACAGAACCUUAACAGAGUUCUAAUCAUGCAAAAGAGGGCUGUUCGAACCCUGACUGGCAUUGAGACAACAGAUAGUUGCAGACCAGAGUUUAGGAGGAAAACUCACUUCCAGGGGAUGAUUUUGCUGGGCCCAGCAAUGGCAAAGAAACAAAUUCGACACAACAGAGUAGUUCACAUUCCUACACUGCAGGGUGAUCAGGCCUACAGGGCAGGAACCUAA